AUGGAUACCAUUACAAAUAAAAUGCCAACAGCGCAAGUACCUUCACACGUUCGAGAUUCUUUUAGACACUUGGUGUUAGCAGAUAAUCAGUUUGAUAGACCUGCAGAAAUUGAUCUGUUGCUUGGAGCAGAGUUAUUUCUUAACAUCUAUGAUGGCCAACGUUUGUCUUUUGGCUCUGACUUGCCAGUAGCUCUUCACAGCGUGUUCGGAUGGGUGAUCAGUGGAAAAUUAGAUCUUUCUUGUCGACCACCAACUUCAACCACCUCUCUCUUCGCUUCUACACUUGCCCUAGACAAUGUAGUCAAGCGUUUCUGGGAAGUUGAAGAACCUCCUAUAGUAAAGAUUGUUAACCCAGAAGACGUGAAGUGUGAAAACAUGUUUUCUGAUCUUGUAAGGCGAAACUCAGAUGGUCGUUAUGUGGUGCCUAUAAUGCUUAAGGAUCCACUUGAAGAAUUGGGUGAUUCGCAUCAAAUGUCUAUGUCUCGCUUACAUAAUUUGGAAAAGCGACUUAUUCGUCACCAACAGUUGAAAGCUGACUAUGUUCAGUUCAUGCAAGAGUAUUCUGAUUUGGGACACAUGACUUUAGUGGAUUCACCUUCAGGUGCGAAUGGAAACAUCAUACCACAUCAUUGUGUGAUUCGCCCGGAGAGCAGCAGCACAAAACUCCGUGUAGUCUCUGAUGCUAGCGCGAAGACUGGAAAUGGAAAAUCAUUAAAUGACAUUGUUUAUACUGGACCGAAACUACAGAAUGACAUUGUUGAUAUUAUCACAGCACUUCGGCUGGAUGGUAUAGUUUUUACAGUUGACAUAUCUAAGAUGUACAGAAAUAUUGAUCUGCGUCCCGAGGACAGACAAUAUCAACAUAUAUUCUGGAGAGACUCACCGGAAGAGACUGUGAGUGAAUUUGAAUUAAACACUGUGACUUACGGUGUGAGUAGCUCACCUUAUUUGGCUAUUCGUACACUUCAUCAGUUGGCUCAGGAUCAUGGUGAGCAAUGGCCUCGUGCAGCAACUGCAUUGCUCAAAGACACCUUUAUGGAUGAUAUCGUGGUGACAGCUCCGUCGGUGGACGUUGCCUUAGAAAUAAAAGACGAGCUAAUAAACUUACUCGAUUGUGGAAAAUUUGAGCUACGUAAAUGGAGCAGUACUAAUUCUCUUGAUUUUCUUUCACAUCUUCCAGCUGAUCAUCGUCAAACACCUAAAGCGUUUUGUGAUAAAGAAAAUCAAUGUACACUCAAAAUUCUGGGCAUUCAGUGGGACCCACUCAAUGACAAGUUUACUUACACUCAUUUAGAAAUGAACCCGGCUUGUACCAAGCGGAUUGUUCUCUCGAGUGUGGCAAGAAUUUAUGAUCCACUCGGAUGGCUAACGCCAGUGGUACUAUUGGCUAAGAUGUUUAUACAAGAACUGUGGCGUCUACAACUAGACUGGGACGAACCAGUUUCUACUGAAAUGUUACAGAAAUGGCAAGAUUUCGUACGAGAACUGACAAAUUUAUCUAGUAUCAGUAAUACCUCGGCAAGUAGUUCACUCAACUACUGCUAG